UGAAGAAUCUCAAAUAUAAAAUAUAUUUUGAUUUAACACUUUUUUGGUUAGUACAUGAUUCCAUGUGUUAUUUCAUAGUUUUGAUUUCUUCACUAUUAUUCAUUUUAUUCACACUGGCCUUGACUUUGAAUGAGGAAUCAACUCUUUUGCCAGUUCACUCAACUUAUUUGGUGGGCCGAGUCCUCUUUGCAUUCACAAUGCUAUGUUUAGCAUUGAAGAUUUUACAAAACACAUUGACUUAAACUUAACUUGCAAUUAAUUUGUUUUGUUUGAUGUACAUUUCAAGUGAAAAAUCUGAGUCUCAUCAUCAUUCCGUUACUAUGGAAUUGCCCUUUAGCUAACAUCAACAUUGGUGCCAUUGUUGCCUUUUAUUUUGGCUUUGUUGUUAAGCCUUUUGAUCUAACUCAACAUUUGGGUGGUUUAUUUUGUUAUUGACAGGUCACGAGUCUGAUCAUCAUCUUCUGAAAAUUGGAUCCAAUGGAUCAAUAUGUGAGAUAUGGAAAUAUUGGUCAGUCAGAAGAGCUUUUUGAUCAAUCAUUGCAUUGGAGUGAGGUUAAAGAGGAGGCUGAAGAAUGUCAGAUUUCAGCUGUGCCAUUAGGAGUUGAAACAUCACAGGUUUUUAAAAAAGAGGACACUGAUGGACAAGAUCCUUCCUUUGAAACAGUUUCAGACGUCCAUGGAGUCGCAGAGCAAGAGCGUGGACCUAAAGGCAAGGUGCUGCCUUCACCAGCCCCAGUCAAAGAGGAGUCUGAAGAAUGCUCCCUUCUGCCAGUAGAUGAAGAGGAGGUUACCUUAAUUACAGUGAAGGAAGAAGAGAAUGAAGAUGAGUUGAAGUCAGAAGAUGAGAACAUUGUGAAAGUGUCAGUGCCUUGGGAGCCGUUGGAAACAUCACCAUCAUACUCGGAUACAGAUGAUACAGAGGACAGUGAGAUGGAAGGUGAUAAUGUGCGGGACUGUGAAAACGAUGAGCAUGACGUUUCAGUAGGAUUGAAGAUUGAAGAUUGCAGCAGGACAUCAUUGGAUCAAGGGACUGCACCAGGUGACUCUAAAGGUGUGUCCUCCUUCUAUCCAUGCCCCCAAUGUGCGCUCGGCUUCACCAUAGAGCGCUUUUUCCAUGGGCACCUCAAGAGGGACCACCCCAAAGAGUACAUCGCAAUGUUGAAGUCUGGGAAAAUCAUAGCAAAAAAAGAAAACAGUGUACAGCUGACCCCAGCCACAUGCCCGCAAUGUGGCAAAAGCUUCUACAAUAAAUAUGUAAUGCAAACACACAGAAGGACUCACACAGGGGAGAAACCCUAUCAUUGUGUAGACUGUGGGAAGAGCUAUGUCUGCGCUGAAUCACUUAAAACACACAGAAGGACUCACACUGGGGAGAGACCAUAUAAAUGCUUUGAGUGUGGGAAAGGAUUUGGAGAACGAUCCCAACGGAUUAGACAUGAAAUGAUCCACACAGGAAGACCAUAUAAAUGCUCUCAAUGUGACAAAUGUUUUUGCUUUUCCAGAGAUUUUAAGAGACAUCAGUUGACACAUAAGAAGACCCACACUGGACAUAGACCCUAUAAUGUCCACAGGUGUAAGAAGUCCUCUGGCCAGCUAGAAGCUCUCAAAGCACACCAGAAAACACACAAAGGAAAAAAUACUUUUCAGUGCUCUGUGUGACAAUUGUUUUGGAUUUUUCAGAGACCAUACCAUACAUCAGUUGACACGAACAGGGGAGAAAUCGUUCACACAGCACCUAAUGUCCUAUAAACACCAGCCUGAGAGGCUUGAAGGAAGUCACAAUAUCAUCUGCUACAGAAUCGCAAAGUGUCACAGAUGUGUGCCCUCGACUCAGUCUGGUGUCAAACUUUAACCAUAACAUUCAACACUGGCAGACAUUUGAUAUUGUUAGUUAAAUAGGUCAAAAGUAUGAACAUCUUUACUUAGUUCCAACAGAUAAUUGUAGACUAAUAAGGGAAAUGUCUUCCCACACAUAUAAUCAUGCUAAUUACAUGCCAAUUAAUAUAAUCAGUAAAUCAAAUACUGGAAAAUAAUUGAUAAAUUCAUUUUCCCUUUACAGUCCCCCUUUGGUCAAACAGACAUAAACAUAUGUCGCGCCCUAUGACCACAGAUGCCUUAAUGCAUAUAGAUUACUACAAUCAAUCUGCCAUUUAAACAACAACAACAUUGUUUGCAACCAACCAGACAAGCUUUCACCACCAUCACCUGCUGCACAUUCUGCCUCAUCAGAUUCUCCCACACACCAGUAGCAUGAUAGAAGUUUCGAUAAGAUCUCCCCAUGCCUGCUCCAUGUGCUUAGUCUCAGGACACAUGCAUCGAUAGCUCAGAUGCUGUACACAGGUUGCUUCGCUCAGCCUAGUAGUUGAGAGACAGGGCAGUUGUGGAUGCUGUUUUUCAGCUGGUUAGAGAGGCUGGGGUCUUGCACUGAUCUGGUCAAAUUAAUCGGAUGCAUAUAGGUACCCUCUGGGGGCUGAAUGGCCAUCACCUCGAGGAAAUUAUAAGAUUAAUUAGGCCAUUACAAAUACAUAUUACCACAAGUACAUUCUUGACACAAUCAUUUUUAACAAGACACACAUGAUUAGUCAUCAACACGUGUCUCUGUUCUUGAUUAAACACAGGCAUAGUUAUACUCUUGUCUCACAACAAAAUUAUCUACCAUUCCCACUGGAACUGUCAGAUCCCCCAUUGAUUUUAUUUUUUCCCCCUGGUUUUGAAUGAGGUUAAACCCCUUUUCAUUAGAUAUGUAGAUAUGGUUCUGUGUGGCUCAGUUGGUAGAGCAUGGCGCUUGCAAAGCCAGGGUUGUGGGUUUGUUUCACACUGGGGACCGCUACGAAAAAAUAUGAAAAUGUAUGUACUCAGCACUGUACGUCACUCUGGAUAAGCGCAUCUGCUAGAUGACUAAAAUGUGAAUGUAAAUGUAAUAUCAUAUUUGUAUAUCUCCUUCAGGAUAAACAAAUACAGCAUAUAUUACAUUUUAAGUACACAGUGCUGAGCUGUCUGUUUAUUUAAAUUUUAUUUUACCAGGCAGGUCAAUUAAGAACAAAUUCUUAUUUAUAAUGAUAGCCUUUUUACCAAACAAAAAGUCAUAUUAGUUAUAAUUUCUAUUUAAUUUGUCCACCUAAAAGUAAAACAUUCCAUACUCCGGGAUUAUCCAAUAAGUGUCUCAAAUUACACAUACUCCUAUUUUCAUUUACUCUAACCUGGAGCCCCAAGUGUGGCUCCCAACAGGUUUUUAAAAAUGAAACACUUUUGUUCACAGGGAGGACACAGCACCCUUUACUUUCUCAUUAUUGGAAGGAAUAGUUUGUAUUUUAGUCUUAAGUUUUACUGUAGAAUUACCAAUCUCUGUUGGAUAUUCUUUAUUUGCUAUAUUAUAAAUGGGCUUCACAUACUUUUUUUUUUCUAAAAAAAAAGACAAGAGUAUUUAUUGUCCUGUCAGAGAAAUUUCACAUAUCAACACGGCUGCCUUCUCAGCCUAAUCUUAUAUUUUGACCAAAAGCUCCAGCCAUUCGCACGGCUGGCCCUUCACAUACCACCAUCUUUCUCCACGUUUUUGUAACUUUGUUCUACUAUGACAAAAGAAGCAGACAUCUAACAGGGGAUGGUGAAAGGCAAGUCACAAAUAUAGAACCAUAGUUCCAAAAGUAGACCAGUGGCAACCCAUCAUUCAGGGCAUGUGGGGUAGAGCCUACCUGUUUAGCAAAAAAAUACGAAUAUAUAUAUAUAUUUUUUGUUGUUGACGGUUUUGCAUGUUAUUUUGGCAUUAAUACGUGUCACAUAUCAGUUCGCAAACAAUGUAAAAGAACAACAUUAAGUUAAUAAAGCCGCAUA